GAAAAUUUAGUUUGAUGAAGAAGAUCCCAUUGUCAUUACUCAUCUUGCUUUUGCUAUCCUGUUUAGAAUUAAAAGUUCAAUAAAGUUGGUGGUUGUAGAGAAACAGAGCAAAGUUUCUAAAGUUGCUUCCUUUUCUUUUUCCCCCUUGUCAAAUGUUAGUUAACUCUGUUUCUCUGUCUCUCCCUUCACUUUGAGAUCUUUUCUUUCCUUUAUUCACGCCGCUCUUACUUCCAAUUUCAUACCUUGUCUCUCCAAUUUGUUCAACCAAACAGAGAACAACCAAUCUUCUUUCCACUCUCUCCAUCUACUUGCUUCUGAUUCUUCUCUGUUCUGUUCUGUUUUUCUCACUCAAUUCUAAACAGAAGAAGAAGAAGAAAACAAAAAUGUCUGAACUUUCUUUAACUUCAACCACCUCCAAGAAAACUCAUUUCUCAAUAUCAAGUCUUCUUCUCUCUGACUUCUUCCUCUUCUGUUCUUUCAUUUUCUCUCAUCCUUUAUAUUUCUUCUACCUGAUUUUCUUGUUUCCUUAUCUCUUGAAGCUCCUUUCUUUCCUUUCUCCCCUAUUUGUUACCACCUUUCUUUUACUCUUAGUUCUCCUCACUAUCUCUCCUAAUCUUCUCCUUGAAAAUUUGAGUCAUGAGUUGUCUGAAUCCAAAGUGAGCUUUGUUCUUGGAACAUACCAAGCUGUUGUAGAGAGACUGCAGCCUAAAGCAGAUGAAGGAAGCAACGAUGAGUUUCAUCAAUUUGAGGAGCUAGAAGCAUACAAGAUUGUGUUCGAUACAUCUGAUUUUGAUAUUGGAGAAAACCCAGUUGGAGUUUCUGAGCUAGAAGCUAAAGACAUUGGCUUAGAAAGCAAUGACACUGAAGUUCACAACAGUUCAAGCCAUCAAGAGCCUGUUGCAGGCGUCUCUGAAGUAUUAAAAGUUGAUUUUGAUGGAAGUUCAGCUUUGAUAACUUCUCAGCUGAUAGCUGAAGGAAAUAAAAUAGAAGUAGUCUCUCAUCAAAACCAGAAGUUUGAAGAAUUUGCAAUCCAAAAUGGAGACAAAGAAGUCAAGCCACAGAGCGAGAACUCCAAUAAAGUUGAAGAACAGAAAGAGAAAACAACUGAAAUAGACCUUCCAAGGAUGAAUUCCCAGAAACUUGAAGCAAAUGCAUGGAGUAAAGCUGAUGAUUAUCAGUCAAUGGGAUCAAACCUUGGGAGUUUUGGAUCAAUGAGGAAAGAAAAAGAGUGGAGAAGAACAUUGGCAUGCAAGCUUUUCGAGGAGAGACACAAUGUUGAUGGAAGUGAAGGCAUGGAUUUGCUAUGGGAGACAUAUGAGACUGAUUCUAUGAAGAUGCUGGCAAAAAACAAAACAAAGAAGGGAAACAAAGGAAGCAUUGAGUACUACGAUGAUGAAGAUGAAGAAGAAGAAGAGAAUGAAGGACAACUGUGUUGCUUGCAGGCUCUCAAAUUCUCAGCUGGGAAGAUGAAUCUGGGAAUUGGAAGGCCUAAUCUUGUGAAGAUCUCCAAGGCCAUCAAGGGGAUUGGAUGGUUGCACCAUGUCACCAAGAAGAAAAGUUACCGUUAAAUUUAAUAUGAUUCUUUACAUUUUCUUAAAUUCAGUGUUUAAAUGGCUCAACAAAUUUGUGUACUUUGUUUAUGGAUCCACAAAGUAAAUAUGUUGUAUUCUUCAUUUGGCAUGGUUUUGUUUCAGAAAUUUUGCCAGGCAAACAUGGCGAACCAACU